AUGAGCGAUUCGGAAAGUGCCCAACCCACUGCUGAUAGGGAUGCUGAUGACGGUCCAUCUGCGGUGCCUCAGCCUCCGACGGACGCAUACUUUAGUGCCAACAAGACAAUCAUCCGUGAUUUGCUCUCGGAUGAACUACGUUAUCAUUCCCCUCCUGCUUACUGCCAAACCGAAACCCUAGCGCAGGCCGUCUUGACGCGCAGAGCAUUACUUAACUGCCUGCGAGAGUUGUGCGAUCAGAGAAACACCGACGCUGAGGUUCUUGCUCAUGCGGCUCAGUUGAUUGAUCGCUAUCUUCAUGUUGCCAUCACGGAUGAACGCGAUUAUCAGCUAGUUGGGGUGUAG